CUGCGCUACUCGCGUGAAAAAAGAAAAAAAAAAACCCUGCGCGAUGCAUCGUGGGCUGGGAACCAACUAAACAAGACGGACAUCUGCGCCAGGCUAGGAGACGAGGAUGACGACCGCGGCGGCUUCAACAAAUUUAGCCUGCAGGUGCUCGACGGCCAUGGCGAAAGCUUCUUCCCUCGCCCCUAAGCUCUUCCUCUGGCUCUUCAUCGUCGUCAACCUCCCCACCAGCUCUUUUCAGACUGAUGACGACGACGAGGUGUCCAACAAGACAUGGGUGCUGACCCCAAAGGUGUACGAGAGUGAUGUCACGCAUAUACUUAAUGGUCUACUAGACGGAUACGACAACAAACUGAGGCCCGACAUUGGAGUUAAACCCACAGUGAUCCACACUGACAUGUUUGUCAACAGCAUUGGUCCAGUGAAUGCCAUCAAUAUGGAAUACACCAUCGACAUCUUUUUUGCCCAGACCUGGUACGACCGAAGGCUAAAAUUUAACAGCACGAUGAAGGUUCUGCGUCUCAACAGUAACAUGGUUGGAAAGAUCUGGAUUCCGGACACGUUUUUCCGAAACUCGAAGAAGGCCGACGCCCACUGGAUCACUACACCCAAUCGCAUGCUUCGGAUCUGGAAUGACGGGCGAAUCCUCUACACGCUCAGGUUGACCAUCGAUGCCGAAUGCCAACUUAAACUGAACAACUUUCCUAUGGACGAGCACUCGUGUCCCCUGGAAUUUUCAAGCUAUGGCUACCCCAGGGAGGAGAUUGUGUACAAGUGGAAGAGGAGCUCAGUGGAGGUUGGAGACAUCCGCUCCUGGAGGCUUUACCAGUUCUCCUUUGUGGGCCUGAGGAACACCUCAGAGAUUGUCAGGACUGUCUCAGGUGACUAUGUGGUGUUGACGGUCUUCUUUGAUCUGAGUAGGAGAAUGGGCUACUUCACCAUCCAAACCUACAUCCCUUGCACUCUCAUUGUUGUCCUCUCCUGGGUCUCUUUCUGGAUCAACAAGGAUGCAGUACCAGCCAGAACAUCAUUAGGCAUCACCACAGUGCUGACCAUGACGACGCUGAGUACCAUAGCAAGGAAGUCUCUCCCUAAAGUUUCCUAUGUGACGGCCAUGGACCUGUUUGUCUCCGUCUGCUUUAUAUUCGUCUUUGCCGCACUAAUAGAGUAUGGCACGUUGCACUACUUUGUAAGCAAUAGGAAGCCGAGUGCCAAAAAGGACAAGAAGAAGAAAAACCCGCAGACGCCCACGGUGGACAUCCGCCCGCGCUCGGCCACGGCCAUCCAGAUGAACAACGCCACGCACAUGCAGGAGCGCGACGAGGAGUACGGCUACGAGUGUCUGGACGGGAAGGACUGCACCAGCUUCUUCUGCUGUUUCGAGGACUGCCGCUCGGGGGCGUGGCGACACGGCCGCUUGCACAUCCGCAUUGCCAAGAUUGACUCGUAUGCACGUAUUUUUUUCCCCACCGCGUUCGGUCUCUUCAACCUAGUCUACUGGGUCUCUUAUCUCUAUCUUUAAGAAUGCGUAUCCAGCCUUAUCAGUGUGCUCUAUGUGUCAUGUGGGACAUUCCUUCGAGAUGGGGGACGCCGCCAUUUAUGAUUUGAGCACUUCCCUCAUUUAAACUCUUCAUUGGAUCGGAUUCAUAAGUUUAGUCACGGUAGAAGUCGCAAUCCUGUAGCAUUACAUUUAAGCGACAUGAAGAGAUCGAUGAAAUUAUUGACGUGCGUGUUAAUGUUCUGUUCACUGUGCCAAUGCCUCAUUUGGUUUGUUUUUAGUUUUUGGGUGGACAAAUGGAAAUGACCUGCUGUUUGUUGCUUUUUCACAUCCAAAUGCAGUGCUACUUUGACUUACCUACACGUGCAAGAACUUAAAUCAACCUCCUAAAUCAAGUUACUGCCAUAUUACAAUGUGUCAAGAACAUUAACAGUUGUAAUCGGGGAUUUCAUAUGAGGCAAUGAACUAUCAAUGAUUUCAUUUAUUUUUAAUUGGAGAAGCUAUUGCUUUAUGUUCUCAAGUUUUGUUUCCAUCCCUGUGCUGUAUUGAGUAGGAUUGUUAAUUGGGUUCUAUGCGGGAAGUCUGAGUGGAUUGGAGCUUACAUUUCCAUGCCAGACAUCAAAUCAGCAGUGUAGCAAAGUAGUAUGCUCAGUUUUUAAGACUUUUAAGAUUACUUCAUCAAUUGAACAAGUUCUUCAAGUAUUCAAGGAGUUUAACUGUCAUACUAACACACAUUUGCAGAUGAUAUGACACGAAUUGUAAUAUGCAUGAUUGCAGAUCAGCUCAGUAAGUCUCUAGACUUGUGAAAUAUGAAUAGAAUGGGAAAAUGAAAAAAAGUAAAUGCUUAUUUGCAGUUGUUAGUGUUCGCAAAGGUGCAAAUGGAUUUGGAUGCAGCAUAAAUCCAAUCACCAGGAGCUUGGAAUUUGAAAAGGCUACAGAGAACUGUUCAAGUUUAACACUCUGGAAAGAAGCGGUUCCUCAGCCUGGUGGCCCUGCACUGGAUGCUCUGUAGUCUUCUCCCUGAGGGGACAGAAAGGAUGAGAAGGUGUGCUGGAUGUGUUAAGUCUUUGAUAAUGCAGCAAGCCCUCUUUCUGCACCUGCUGAUGAAGAUGUCUGUGGUGGUAGGAAGGCAAUUCUCCACAAUCGUCUGAGCAGUAUUUUCUUUUUUAGAAAUGUAUACUUGCUAUACCUGAUGUCUUUUUUUUUAUAUAUAUAUAUAUACUUCUUAAGCCAGUAAAUUGGUUGAGACUGACUCAACAGCACCUGCGUUACUCGCAGCCAGGUGUCACAGUCAAUUUUGCAGCAGUUGCUUCAAAUCAAAUCCACAAAACUCUUAACCAAUUAAUCGAUUAUGAUGCCCAUCCCUAAUUGGAAUCUUUUAAUUUGGCUAAUGUAAUCCUUCAAGUAAUCGUCUAACAUUUUUUUCCGUGUAGUGAGAAGCAGUGAUGAUGAUAAUGAUGAUGAUGACAACGCCGUUCAUGGAUAGCUGUACAGAUACUGUAAAUAUUUUAGUAUCGCAUAGUGUUUAUAUUUAUUGCAUGCAUCUUUCAAGGCCAGAAAAAAAAUACAUGCAUUUCUUCUGUUGACUACUGCUGGGUGUCAUUCAGGAUUCAAUUCCAGACAAUUAAAAAAUGUGAAAAUAUCUUUACAUCCGGGCCCCAAGUUUUGAUGUUCCUUACAACUUUCAACAGAGGGAACAGUUACUGUUAAAAGCCAGCAUUCCCUCAAUACAUUGUCUCGAUGCAAGAGACGCAAGGAAAGGUACUUUACAGUAUGUCUGUGUGCUUGUCCUUCACUUCACAAAACUGCAGCCAUCUCAAAGAAAACCUUGUUACUAAUCAAUAUUCCAAAGCGGAUGUCGGUGCACAUACCAGUGAGUCAUUUGUGGUGCUCACUAAUUUGCAGACAUCACAAAACUCAAAGCUUAACCAUUUUAAUGUAUGUAUUCCUUUAUUUUUACGAGCAGCUGUGCAAGCCUUAUUAUUGAGCAUCUCUCUUCAUUUUUGGUUGAGCCAAAAGUCAUGAAUGCUCGUUUCCUCCGAUCCUUUUCCUUCGAAUUGUGUUGUUUUGAGAAAGGACACUACGAAAGCGCUGUAAAUGUCGUGUAUAUUGUCAUGUAAUAUAUAACGCACUUAAGACACGGGUGGGGAAAAGAUAUGAGUGUUUUUGAUAGAUGACAUCUAUCUCACAAAAAAAAAGUCUGUGUAAAAAUCACAUUAUGAUGUACAUACAUUAGGAAAAUAAGAAAACCCUUGGGCUUUUCUAAAAAAAACAACAA